AUGGCGGUGGAAACUGAUAGGAAAUCAAGACUAGCUGCUUUACGAAAGAAUCGCUCAAAGAGUCAGAGUGCCAGCCUGAACAAUGAGGCAACGAAGGAUGCGGAGACAACUUUGGAAUCCAAGGACAGUUUGGUGAAAGCGGGGGACUUCAAAGCUGAUGAUGCAACUGAGACACUGCGACCUCCCUUGGCUAGCCAAGUGAUUGGCGACAGCAAUAGCGAUCAGCCUCUAAAUGAUGAUGAUGGGACUAAAGACAAAGUCCCUGGCACCAAGCCUGAACUGGUCCCAAGUAAAAAGCUGAACCAAGCACAAGAACACCGCACAGAUUCACCCAUAUCUGAAAUGAUGGAAGAUAUAAAGCCCUAUAUUCAUAAAGCAAAGCUAAGGACCGAUAGGGCCAUAAACAAGAUCAUCCAGGAUCGAAUUGUACAGGAGUCCUCGUAG